CUUCCUGUCAUUUUGUGUACUCAUAAUCCUGAAGAUAUACUAACUUGCAUUUUGAGAUUCAAAGAAAGAGAAAAGACCUAAAGAUGCAGCUGGAUAUGUAUAUAAAUCUGUUGCUGACAAUUACAGGGCUUGCGCAGGUGGUUACUGCAAGUAAGCCACAGUGGGUAAAGCUCUCAGGUCCCAAUGAGGUGAUAGCUGGAGUGAGUGCCCUCUAUGAGUGUUCUGCAGUCUGCAGUCGUACCUGUUAUUAUACCUGGAACUUGAAAGGCCAAUCAUUUCCUGGAAGCAAAUUUACCCUUACUGAAAAUGGCGUAGACAAGUUCAUCUCACUAACAUGCACAGUGACAGAUGAAGACCAUAAGUACUUUGUCAGCAAGAUCACAUCAGUCACAGUGAUAAAUCCCAUUUCUGUGAAGCCAUCAACUGAUCAAUCAGUACUUAACCAGCAGCCUAAAGUGGGGCGGUCAUUUCGUUUAACAUGUGAUGGGGCCUCCCUACCAGUCACUAUAACCUGGAUUAAGGAUGGUGUACCUCUUACAUUAGACUCCAGGAUGAGCCUAUCCCCAGACAAUGUAACUCUGUCUUUUAGCCUUCUGGAAGAGUCAGAUAGUGGCCGAUAUCAGUGCAAGGUCCUUAAUGGAAGUGUCAGUGUAAUAAGUAAGGCGUACUGGAUUUAUCUUGGAUAUGUUGUCAUGAGUCUAACUGGGCCAAACCAAGCUGAAGUAGGCAUGCAAAGCGUGUACACCUGUGACGCACAGUGUGGGAUGGAUUGCACUGUGCAGUGGGCCUUGCAUGCAGGCUUUCCAAGAGGAAGAUUUAUUGCUGAGGGACCAAGGAUUCUCUGGACCCCCUCUGACAUCGGACAGACACAGGUCUUCACUUGUAUCACUCUGAACCCGGGAGCAGGCAAUAUUGGGCAGGUCUCCAAAACUGUGACUGUUGUAGAGGCGCGGCCACACCCCAAGCCCAGUAAUGCUGUAUCAGCCAAACCCAGUGUAGCCGUGGUGAGCAGUGCAACUCUGCUGAUGCUGGUUUCUGCUUGUGUCUGAGGAUCACCACAGAACAAUAAGCUCUAUACACAGUCCAAACAUUGCUACUUCUCCACUAUUUGACUUCCUCUGGGUAGAGUUCUCUGAAUUUAGUUCACCAAAGUCUUAACACGUCUCUUUUAUCUUAAUUUGUACUGACAUGUACAGUAUAUUUAAACAUAAACAGGUAACAUUUAUUUUGUGAUUCAGCCUAAAUGUCAUAGAAUGCUCAUACUCCUAAACUGCAAGUAGCCUAUACGUUUACAGAAACCUUUUUUCAGUUCAUUUCAAUUGUAUUUGCAUAGUGCUUUAACAUAGUGCUUUAACAAUAGAUAUUGUCACAGAAAUCUGUAGAUGUAGAGUUAUACCUCUACUAAGCAAGCCAGAUGUGACAGUGGGGGAAAAAAUACUCCCUAAGACGACAUGAGGAAGAAACCUUGAGCGGAACCAAGCUUAAAAUGGAACCAAUCAUCUCCUGGGAGACAACGGAAAGUGGGAUUAUAAAUCAUUAUUCUUCUAAAACUGUAUACUAUAAAGUCAAACAGUAUUAUAUGGCUUGAAAGGAUGUUGAAAGGAGUAUAUUGCGAAUAAAAUUCCUGGGAUGAGAA